AUGGAUAGAGUAUCAACUAGUAUUAACAACCACAAGAAGCAUCAACAGCAACUUUCUGAAGAGGAGGAGGAGAACGAGGAGGUACAGAUAGAAUAUCUCGACAAACUUAUUUCAAUCAUCAUUACAACAAAACGGGAGCAUAAUGAAAUAAUAGAAAAAGAGAUGGUAUGUAUAUCCAUAAUAAUGAAGAACAAUAACACUGAGCCUACCAAUACGAUGAUGGCAACUGUAGAUGUUGUUGUUGUUGAGGUGUUGGAGAAAGUGGUGAAUGCUGCUGUAGCGGUACUCGGUCAAUGUUGUCUAAUUGACAUCAUUACUACUAUGAGUAUGAUGACCUCUAAACAAAAAGAAGAAGAAGAGGAGGAUAGUGGAUAUACACUGAAAAGAAUAUGUACUGUUAUACAGAAGCUUAUGGGUGAUGAUGAUGAUGAUGAUCAACAUCAAGAAGAACAUAACGUGGAUGUCACUACUACUACUAACAAGAACAACAUAACAAGAACAAUAUCCCAUCUAUUGAAAUGUAUAACAUCAUGUUUAUUGGAGUAUACACAAUUGGAGUAUUCUGGGACAAUCUCUCCUCAUCAUAAUCAUAAUCAUCCUAUUGCUCAUCCUACACUUCUCAAGGAUUUAUGUGCUUUUUAUCUUACUUUUAUCAUCAAUAUAUCACAAGAUAAGAUAGAUGAUGCUAGUAGUAGUAAAUAUAGAGAUGAGAUAUCAAACACGAUGGGGCUGCUACUAUUGAUAUCACCUACAAUGACUAUGUCUCAUCUUAUACGACCUCUAGUUCAUCAUCAUCAUGAUCAUGAUCAUCAAAAGGAUAUUGGACAAGGAGGAGGAGACAGCAAUGGUGGUGGUAGACGAUGGUCGUAUGUUAUAUCAUCAAUAAGAUUCUAUGUUAUAACACUAUUAUCAUCAUCAAUACAUCAUCAUACAUAUGGCAAACAUUAUGAUGGUAUUGAUAGGGAAGUGAAGGAAAUGUUAUUAUCAUCACUGGAUAUAACUGAAGUAGUAGGAGGAAGAGGAUGGUAUAAUAUACUUUAUGAUACUCUGAAUAUAAUAACAACACUAAUAAACCAAUAUCCCACCAAUGCUGCUGCUCGGUACUCAUGCUUUACUGAGGAUGAUAUAACAAAGGAGGAUAUACAAGGCAUGUGUUGUGAUCUAUUGGGACGUCGUUUAUGGUGCCCCACCUCAAUAACAACAAGAACAACAAGAGAUGAUAGGACAAUAUUAGAGAAUGAGAUAAUUACCAAUAUUGGAUCUAUUAUACAGGUCAUUUAUGAAGCUAUUGUUAAUUUACUACGACGAUUAGAGCGGGCCAAGCAACAACAAAAACAGAAGGAGGAUAGUAGGGAAAGCAGCAGCAGCAGCAGCAGCAAGAAGGAGAAGCCAUGCAACAAGCAACAACAUAUUGGUGUAGAGUAUACCAGAGUUAUCAAUGAUUUGAAGGCCUUUAUGAGAACAGUCUAUACAUUGAUUAAUAUUGUAUCAAUAAAGACAAGAAGGGAAGUCAUUAUACAAGGGGAACAUUAUCAUAGUCAUGAUCAUACAAUGACGAUGCAGUAUGAUGAUGAUGAUCAGCAACAAUUGCAGGAAUUCCAUCAUACCGUUGAACGUAUUUAUCAACAUCCCAUCUGCAGAAAUAUUAUCAUCUCCAUUUCCAGGGCGGCAACAACCACCACCACCACCACCUCUACUUGA